AUGGCUCGAUCAAGAGGCUGCUCACCGCACAGACAGCGCAGUGAUCACAGAAAUGCGGAUGCUUCUUCUCUCUCUCUUGGUGCUGUUAGAAAGAUUAUAAUUUACGAGCGUGACGCUGAGGGAUUGGAAAUAUGCAAUGAACCAACCAAACGCGUGUGGAUACUAGUUGAUGAAAGUGAUAAAGUGACAAGUGGAAAGGUUGAGGAGGAGGUUUCACUAGAGGGAAACAAAAGUGAGCCUCUGUAUGGUAAAACCGCAUUCGACCAUAUCAAAGAGGCCUUGAAAAUUGAACGCAGACUUAAUGAUGUGGUUUUGGCGGUGAUCAACACCUCAACAGUUCUUCGUUGCAGACCUGAUAAGGACUUUUCAAACACGGAUGGACAGAAUGGCAUAAAGUUCAUCUGGCGCCGGUUGGAGGAACCAACUUAUUUGACGUUCAACCACCGACGGAUAAGUCAAGACAAGCGCUAUCACGUGGUUAUGGCAGACUUCAAUGAAUUUAAGAUGGACUUAAGGAUUGAGCGAGUAAUGCGAAGCGAUGAAGGCGAAUAUAUUUGUCUUUACAGAGGUGAAAAACUUGUCCACGAAAAACACGUCUAUUUAAAAGUACUUGUACUUAGGGAACACGCUCUUGUUGCAGUUCCGUCGUUUAUAAAUCCGAAUGGGUCCUCGAAUACCAGAGUCGUUGUCCGCGAGGGACUAACUCAAAAAUUGAUAUGCAACGCAUCCGGUGUUCCUGCUCCGACGAUCAAGUGGUACAUGAGCACACCAGAUGGGAAGGCGCGACGAGUAAUAACCACAAAGGAUCAGCCACGAUUUCUUCUCUCCAUCAGCGUGCUAAUAAUAUCAAACGUAACAAGGGAUCUUCGUGGAACAUUCACAUGUGUUGCCUACAAUGGUAUUGAAGGGAAGGUUUCCUGGAACAUCCAUUUAGAUGUCUAUUUCCGACCCGUUGUGAAAAUGAGUGCUGAGGUAAUCUACAGGAAGCCCUACCAGACCACCAUGAUUUUCGCUACUGCGGUUGGCAACCCUAUAUACAGCCUUUAUUGGGAGUUCGACCACAAACCUAUUCGUAGUGUCAAUGGUGACUGCUUCUUCACCCUGUCCGGUGAUAAGUACUGCGUUGUUUCAGAUCGUGAAAUCGCUAAUCCCAUGACGGUAAGGACGAAGCUCACCAUUUACAACUUGACGUUAGAAGAUUAUGGAACGUACACAUGCGUGGUCCAUUCACCGUUCGGAAUGGAACGUGGCUCCACAGAGCUCGUGCGAGAAAAGGAAAAACGUUUGGAUUAUCUGAAUCCAGGCGAGACUAAAUUCUUCCCAAAUUUAUGGAACCCAUUAUCUUGGAGAAAUAGUCAGGGCGAGUAUGUCUCUCGACAUACCCCGAGAAUCACAACGUCUGGUGAACCAAAGAAAUUCUCACCACUCUUCCUACACAUUUUCAUGGGUAUAAGCAUUUAUUUUUCAUCAACACUUUGA